AUGGUACCAAGCCUUCUUCUUUUCUUUCUUCUGGCUUAUACAACACACAAUGCUUCAGCAGACGAUCGCCCGAAUAUCCUGUUGUUGUUGACAGACGACCAAGAUGUUGUUCUAGGUUCCUUUGAUCACAUGCCACAUCUCAAGACCCAUUUACAAGACAAGGGUGUCACCUUUGAAAACGGAUUUGUCCAUACGCCAAUCUGUUGCCCAUCGAGAAGUCAAAUUUUGACGGGUCGAUAUACCCACCAUGGUGUCGCCCACAAUAACUCUCGUUCCGGGAAUUGCUACGGCGAUGAGUGGAUCCACCAAAUUGAAAAUCAGCAUACUUAUGCCAUUCAUGCCAAGGAGGCUGGCUAUCACACCGCAUAUGCUGGAAAAUAUCUAAACGCAUACGGUUAUGGCGACGACAAGAAGGUUCCGCCUGGAUGGGAUCGAUGGUUCGGCCUUGUAGGCAACUCAAUAUAUUACGACUAUUCGAUUAUAGAGGGCGGGAUAGGCAAGAAUAUGAUGGUGCAACACCAUGGGAAGGAUUAUGCCAAGGACUACCUACCAGACCUUUUGUUCAAUCAGACAAUGAAGGUUUUGGAUGAACUGCCGGAACCUUGGUUGGUUGUUCUCUCGUGGCCCUCUCCACACGGCCCCUUUACGCCUGCACCCUGGGCGAAGGACACUAUGGCUGGAAUCAAAGCUCCUAGAACAGAAAGUUACAAUGCGUCUUCGGAAUAUCAGGAACAAAAGCACUGGCUUUUGCGCCAGCUGAACCCUAUUUCCAACUCUACUGCAGCAGAGGUCGACACGUACUAUCAGCGACGAUUGGAAACCUUAAAGAGUGUGGAUGACCACAUUGACAAGAUCAUGUCCAAGUUAGAUGACAAGGGUCAAGACCCUGUUGUUGUGUACACGAGUGAUAAUGGAUUUCAGUUUGGCCAACACAGACUUGCAAUGGAUAAACGGCAUUUAUACGAGAACGAUAUUCGUGUGCCAUUUGUGGUUCGAGGGCCCGGAAUUCCCGGUCCCAGGAAGUGGUCACCAAUUGUUUCCAACAUUGAUAUCGCACCGACAUUCAUGGAUAUCAUGGGAUUGCCAGAGGCAAAAGAAGGCAUGGAUGGCAUUAGCUUCUGGGAUUAUGUGCGAGGGAAGACGGACCACGAAUUCCAAAACCGACGGGACCUGCUCAUUUCCUACCACGGUGAAGCAGAUCCCCAUUGUGGAAUGGCCGACUGUCCUCCUGUUUAUGAUGGGGUAUGGUGGAUGCCAGACUCUUUCAACAAUACCUACAACUGCGUGCGGACGUUGGCGGUAGACGACGAUUCUAUAUAUUGUCGCUUUGAAGACGAUCAAUCCUUUGUGGAGUUCUACGAUAUCGCACAGAAUCCCCACCAAUUGGCGAAUGACUACCCUACGCUCAACCAAGUCGAGCGCCAAAAAUACGAAUAUCGGUUGAAAGAGUUGCUCAAAUGA